AUGGGGACUUUGAAAGAAGAAGAAGCCAAGCAAAUCCAGAUUUUGCUCAUGAGAAUCAAUCCAAGUGGUCCGGAAAUUAUGAUAACAUCAAAAUUUGUUGUGCUUCCAUUGGAAGUUUUGAACCAUCGAUUUUCGGCGGCGCGAUCAUCUCCUCUCACUCCACCCGGCUUUUUCAGGGCCUUGCGUCGUGCAUUUGAGCUCCGCGUUUGCGCCGGUGGAGCCAAGAUCGACGAGUCCGUAGAGAAGGCUUGGGCCGCGUUUGGGAGAAUCGAUGCCUUGGUCAACAACGCUGGGGUUAGAGGCAGUGUGAAGAAUCCUCCAUUGCUGGUUGCCUAUGCUGCUUCCAAGGCUGCCCUGAACGCCAUGAUAAAGAUUUCUUGGUAUAAUGUUGUACUGUAUCAUAUCGCUUUUCACAAUCUCUUUACAAAAACAAGAAGUUAUUUCAAGAGUGAAGUCAAUAUCUCUUGGACUAUUCGAAUCGGAGAUCCAAAAGGGUUUUAUGCAGAGAGAAUGGCUCAGCACUGUUGCUAUGAACACUUCCAAUGGGAACCAAUGGUAAAACCGUAAAAGAAAAGUUGGAUCAUCAAAUCAAGCC